AUGCCCUCCUUCGCCCCUCUCCGCCCGACCCUAGGCCUUGUCCGCGCCGCCAACAGCGCUGCCCGCAGCUUCAGCAGCUCUGCAUCGCGCUCCGUCGCCCGCAUGAUCAUCACCGGCCGCCUGGGCGCCGAGCCCGAGUUGGCUGCUACCGCGUCCGGUCAAGAUAUCAUACGCUACUCGAUUGGUACUUCGUACGGUCCCCGCGAUAACCGCCAGACGAGCUGGUUCCGCGUUGGUGCUUUCCUGCCCGAGGGUGGUCAGCGGGAUUAUAUCCUUGGUUUGCAGAAGGGAACCCUUGUCUACCUGGAGGGCGAUGCCAGCAUGCGUUCCUACGAGAAUGCUGAUGGCCAGAAGCAGACCAACCUGAACAUUGUGCAGCGUUCCCUCGAGGUCCUCUCCCGUCCCCGCGAUCAAGGCGCCAACGACCACUAA